AUGUCUCCCACCGCUGAGCCUGCAGUGGAAGCUGUAGAAGCAGAGGCGAGGGAGAGCCGUGCGGUGGACAUAGAAGGGCACAAGAUCAAGGAGAACGCAAGCAUCUGGACCCAGCUGCUGCUCGCUUACGGCGUGCACAAGUCCCUCAUCUUCAUUCGAGUCCCACUCACCGCUGCGGUCACCCCCAAGAUCGUCAAGACGUUAAGAGGAUGGGGCUGGAAUAUUGGGCCUCGAGUCAAACCUCCGAAGUCGAAGUGA